AUGAGUUUAUCCUUGCAUGCCCGGAGUUUACUUCUCUGUUUCUACACUCUCCUAUUUUUCUCGCCAACACAUCUCCAAUAUACGCCUACCAAAGCCAACUGCUGCAUCUUAGAUGAAAGAUUUGGUAGUUUUUGUCCAACUACAUGUGGCAUUGCAGAUUACCUGUCGACUUACCAUGAUGACAUAGACAAGGACCUACAGGCAUUGGAAGACAUCUUAAAUGGCGUUGAAAACAAAACAGCAGAAGCCAAAGAACUCAUCAAAGCGAUCCAAGUCAGCUACGACCCCAGUCAGCCAUCAAGACCAAGUGUUAUAGAGGGAGCUACUCAGAAAUCCAAGAAAAUGUUAGAAGAUAUAGUGAAAUAUGAAAACUUGGUUGUAACACACGAAUCAAGUAUCCGAUUUUUGCAGGAAAUAUAUACUACAAAUAGCCAAAAAAUUGCUAACCUCAAACAGAAGGUAACCCAACUUGAAGCAAAAUGUCAGGAACCUUGCAAAGACACAGUAAAAAUACAUGAUACAACUGGAAAAGAUUGUCAAGACAUUGCAAACAAAGGAGCCAAAGAGAGCGGUCUUUACUUUAUCAAGCCUCUGAAAGCUAAGCAGCAGUUCUUGGUCUAUUGUGAAAUUGAUGAAUCUGGAAAUGGGUGGACUGUGCUUCAGAGGAGACUUGAUGGUAGUGAAAAUUUCAAUAGAAAUUGGAUUCAGUUUAAAGAAGGAUUUGGACAUCUGUCUCCUACUGGGACUACAGAGUUCUGGCUGGGAAAUGAGAAGAUUCACUUGAUAAGUACACAGUCUGUAAUUCCAUAUGCAUUACGAGUGGUAUUAAAAGACUGGAGUGGCAGAACCAGUACUGCAGACUAUGCUACAUUCAAAGUGGGGCCUGAAGCUGACAAAUACCGCUUGACAUAUGCAUACUUCAUUGGUGGAGAUGCUGGAGAUGCCUUUGAUGGCUAUGAUUUUGGAGAAUAUCCUACUGACAAGUUUUUCACAUCUCACAAUGGGAUGCAGUUCAGUACCUGGGACAAUGACAAUGAUAAGUAUGAUGAUGGCAACUGUGCUGAACAGGAUGGAUCUGGCUGGUGGAUGAACAAGUGUCAUGCUGGCAACCUUAAUGGAAUUUAUUACCAAGGUGGCAAUUAUGCAAAAUCAUCUACACCUCAUGGCUUUGAUAGUGGCAUUAUUUGGGCAACCUGGAAAUCCCGGUGGUAUUCUAUGAAGGAAACUACCAUGAAGAUAAUUCCACUCAACAGACUCUCCAUAGACGGACAGCAACAUUUCCUAGGAGGAGCCAAACAGGUUCGACCUGAUGACCACUAUGUUGAAAUAGAAAACGAUUAA